CACCUCAGAACUCUCUAUGGACUCCAUACUCCUGGAAGGACCAGAAACUUCUUAAGCCCAACUGAAGAUGAGUUAAACUAAUCAGCAUCUAUUGAUGUCUGUCUUUGCCUUACUAUGAGGGAGGGAAGAAUAAUUAAAUAGGUUUUCAUAUCCAUUUCCCCACAAAAGUGGUCCAUGACAUGGUGAUGGAUCAAAAAAAAUAGAAGCUUCCUGAGAAACGGCUGAAGUUCUGGGGAACAUCCAGAGACUAUUCAUUUCUAAGGAUAUCUGAGGAUGUGUGGAUGGCAAGAGAGUCAGAGAAUAUUUCUUAAGAGAGAUUGGUUGUUGGAAAAUAUGGAUAUUUGCAGACACCUGCGUGUACUAUGUACAAGAGAAUAGGACCUACUUGUGUCCAUGAUCUGCAGAACACAUUACAGCUUUGGCGCGUCCUUCAUUUCGCAUCUCUGAUCCCAGUGUCCUCAGAUCCCCAGAACAUCACGGCUCCUGAAGCCGCACACCCCGACUGGGCAUUCCCAGCAGAGGCCAGAGGAGCCACGGGGAACCACACCACUGUCACCGAGUUCGUCCUGCUGGGGCUCUCAGAUGCCUGUGAGCUGCAGACGCUCCUCCUCCUGGGGCUCCUCCUGACCUACCUGCUCACUCUACUGGGGAACCUCCUCAUCGUGGUCCUCACCCUCAUGGACAGGCGCCUCCACACCCCCAUGUACUACUUCCUCCGCAACUUUGCUGUCCUGGAGAUCUGGUUCACCUCGGUCAUCUUCCCCAAGAUGCUGACCAACAUCCUGACAGGAAACAGGACCAUCUCCCUGGCAGGCUGUUUCCUACAAAGUUUUCUCUAUUUCUUCCUGGGCACCACAGAGUUCUUCCUACUGGCAGUGAUGUCCUUUGACAGGUAUGUGGCCAUAUGCAACCCCUUGCGUUAUGUCACCAUCAUGAGCAAAAGGGUCUGUGUCCAGCUAGUUCUUUCUUCAUGGAUCACAGGGUUCCUUCUCAACAUUAUUCCAGGUUUCCUCACAUUUCAGCAGCCAUUCUGUGGUCCCAAUAUCAUUGAUCAUUUCUUCUGUGACAACUUUCCACUCCUGGAACUCAUAUGUGCAGACACAAGUCUGAUCGAGCUUCUGGGUUUUAUCCUGGCCAACAUCAGCCUACUGGGCACUCUGUCCGUGACGGCCACCUGCUAUGGCCACAUCCUCCACACCAUCCUGCACAUCCCCUCAGCCAAGGAGAGGCGGAAAGCCUUCUCAACCUGCUCCUCCCACAUCAUUGUCGUCUCUCUCUUCUAUGGCAGCUGCAUCUUCAUGUAUGUCCGGUCGGGCAAGGGCGGCCAGGGGGAGGACAGGAACAAGGUGGUGGCCUUGCUCAACACCGUGGUGACCCCAGUGCUCAAUCCCUUCAUCUACACCCUGAGGAACAAACAGGUGAAGCAGGUGUUUAGGGAGCAGGUGAACAAGCUCUUCUAAUAAACCUGUGGAUCCAAGAGGCUGCACAUAAGAUCCCCAGUCAAGCUGAGGGAACAUCAGGCCUCUGCAACAGAUGGAGG